GUUUCACCCACAUCAACAGAUCAGUCGUCGAAAGAAAAUCGUGAAAACAACUUGCAAAGUUCUGAGCGAGCAAAGACAGGAAGUUCCCAUUCAGAGUGCCACACGAGACAGUGCGUUCGAAGCCGAUUUCAACACAUUUAUUUAAAAGGAAAGGAAGUUUAAACCAACCAAAAAACAGAGCAAAAUGCCACGACGUGGAAGGACCGCAUCCCCUCCGCCAGCUCAACGCAGAGCUCCACCGGCAGCAGCCGCCCCACCGCGUCCCGCUCCGGCAGCCUCCACCCAGCCGGCUGUCCAGCAUCCACCUCCGACGGCCAUGGCUGCUCCGAUGGCCGCCCCGAGCCAGGGCCCCGGCCUGAUGGCCCAAAUGGCAGCCACCGCUGGUGGUGUCGCUAUCGGCUCAGCCGUCGGCCAUACCGUUGGCCACGCCCUGACCGGAAUGUUCAGCGGUGGAUCCGAUGCCCCGCAGCCUGCCCAAGCUGCUGCCGCUCCUGUUGCAGCAGCCCCGGCCGCUUACGGGGAAGGCCCAGCCGGUGCUUCCGGUCCGUGCGCCUGGGAGAUCAAGCAGUUCCUCUCCUGUGCCCAGGGACAGGCCGAUUUGACGCUGUGCGACGGUUUCAACGAGGCCCUGAGGCAGUGCAAGCUGCAGCACAACGUUUGAAACGUUUAUUAUUCAACGGGUGGACCGAUUUGGCCAAAACACACAUUUAUCUUUCCGUAGUCUGAAUUAGUCAUGUUGAUUUUGAAUGAUUUAUUUUUUGUUUGCUGAAAUAAAGGAUACAAUCCCGUAAUUGGCCAAA